UGUAUAUUGAUAAUUCUACUAAUGAACGUUUUGAAAAGGUACCUCAAGUUCUCGCUGAAAAGGUCUUCGCAACUACAAGGCACGAUGGCGGCGACGACACAAGUGCUUGCAUGCGAUUCUACAUCCAUUGUCUUUUCUUUAGACGACCAGGUAGCGAUCAGCUCACCUGAAACCCUCGCAGCCUUGUGUACCGCAGCGUCCUGCCUCAAAGAUCUCUUUCCAGUCGCUUUUCCUACAGAAACCGUUUAUGGGUUGGGUGCUAUCGCUCUAAACGCGACCGCAGCCCUUAAGAUAUUCUCUACCAAAGGCCGGCCAGCUGACAACCCUCUCAUCGUACAUGUUUCAUCGCGGCGUAUGCUACAGACUUUGCUUCCACAAAAUUAUGCGCUCUCACCUUCUUACGAGUUGCUCAUAGAGCACUUUUGGCCCGGACCCCUCACGCUACUUUUCCCCUGCGACCAUAGCCUGAUACCCGAUAUUAUUACUGCUGGUCAGCCGACUGUCGCAAUCAGGAUGCCAUCACAUCCAGUAGCACGAGCACUCAUUGCUGUGACCGAUGCACCACUCGCAGCUCCAAGCGCCAACUCCUCCGGAAAACCUAGUCCCACCCGCGCAGAGCACGUGUUGAAUGACUUGAAUGGCAAAAUCACAAUCAUUCUAGACGGUGGCCCAUGUGAAGUUGGUCUGGAAAGUACGGUUGUGGAUGGUCUACAUGAAGAUGGAAAUAUCCGCAUCUUGCGACCUGGCGGAAUUACAGUGGAAGACAUUAAACGAGUGCUCGUUAAUGGCUUCUCCGAUUCCGGUACACCAAUACCCCAGAUCCUCGUGCAUCGUCGUGAUUUUCGUGACGACGCAUUGGAACAGGCACCUACUACACCUGGCAUGAAAUAUCGUCAUUAUUCUCCCUCAGUCCCAGUGACGCUGAUGCACGUAUCCGAUGCUCCCCUUGGAAUAGAACCUCUUAGCCCCUCCGUUUUUCUGGAGGAUCUCAAGCGUUCAAUACCACAUUCUCCUGACACUCUCCGCGUCGGGUUAUUGAUGCCUUCGGAUUCUAUUUUGAUGAAAUCUCUCAUCAGCGAUACGACCAUUCGGUGGCAUGAGUUUCCUUUGGGGCUGGUUUCGGAGCCGGCUAUUAUUGCAAGGCGGCUAUUUGAUGGACUGUUGACGUUAGAAAGGGAAGGAGUAGACUUGAUCUUAGUGGAAGAAGUUCCAGAAGAAAAUGAGGGCCUAGCAAUCAUGAAUCGGGUCAAGAAAGCAGCUGGAAGCUCGCAAUGGAUCACUAUUCCCUAGAAAUCGCACGAAUAUUGUGGCUGCGUUUACAUUGCUUAUAAUUUUAAUGAAACUAGAAAUGCAAUUAAAAGGCCGGGCAGUGUGCUCCACUUUCCAUCGAAUUCCAUCAGUCGACAUCGCAGGCAUGACUCAUGACCUUAUC